GCAAGACUUCCGCUUAGAAUUUUGCUUGUGAUCCAAGCAGACCCAUUGGCUGACACCACGCCAUGUCAAACGGCUUGGCGGUGAAAGGUCGAAGCGCCGAGCAUCCGGUCGCAGCUGAUUGGAAGCCGGAUUUGAGGGGCAACCUCUAUGAGAUCAAUGAAUACCUUGAAGAGCAAGGUGUUUAUGACAUCUUCGACUAUUUGCUGAAGGACCUCAUGGUCAAGCAGCCCGAAAAUCCUCUGAAACAUAUGCUCGCUUGCCUGGAGAAGGGCUAUCCGACCGGGCCCCUCAAGGUCAUAGUGUCUUCACCACCGGGAUUAGGUCGAGGCGAGUUCGCCAGGAGCUUGGCAGAGCGCUUCGGACUGAUCUACGUUGGGGCUGGGGAGCUGCUCCGGGAAGCCAGCGUUGACACGAAGAAUCUCAGCUCCGCUGCGGACGACGAGGUGGCCAAGCUGGUCUUGGAGUUGAUCAAGCAGGCUGAGCACAAGAUGCAAGGCUUUGUAUUGGAUGGUUUCCCAAGGAAUCCAUGCCAGACGACUUACCUCAAGGAGAAAUCCAUCGUGCCCACGCACGUGCUUCAACUCCAGGCCUCGGAAAAAUACAUCCAACGGCGUCAAGAAAGUCUCCUCAAGGGCGACGUCAAGGGUGAAGCAGCAGCGACACCAGAGGUUUUAGACGCCCGCUUGAAGCUCUUCAUUGCGCACAACGCCUUAGCGUUGGAGGACUAUGCGGAUCGCACCUUUGUGGUGAAUGCUGAGGCCAAUGCUGCAGAGGUCCUGGCCCAAAUGGAGAAAGCUGUUUGCCUUCGACCCCGUUCAAAAGCACCCUCGCCUCCUCCAAGGGUGGCCAUUUUCGGAGCCGAAGGUUCUCCUGCUGCCGACUGUGCUCGGAAGCUGGCCAUGCGAAUUGGGGCCGUCUUUGUGAGUAGCCAGAAGCUGUUGAAGGAUUUGGCCACGCCUGGAGCAGAAGACUCCACGGUGUCCUUGGCCUUGGCGUGUGCCGCUGAGAAGGAUCCGCUGGGCAUUGUAGGUGCCCGAUUGCGGCAGGUGGACUGUCAGAGGCAGGGCUGGGUUGCCGACUUGUCGAAGGAUGCAGAGUGCCUGAGCCAGGAUGAGAUGCUCAUGCCGCGGCGAGUUGUAACAUUCGGAGCAGGAAGCGACCGCAUCAAAGAGGUCUUGCAUGGUCCCGGCGCCGUGAGCAGGUGCUUGGAGGUUUCUGUGGAUGCCACAGCAGAGGAGGCCUUCAAAGCCAUCGUGGAGUUCGUCGAAAGGCCCUUACCAAGACCACAUUGAGGCGCCGGCUUCUUCCAUGCGAACAAUGAUCUGCAGAGUGAAGCGGAUGGCAGAAGCUGAAAACAAAAGGCUCCAGGCCACGGGAGACAACAAGGCAUCUGUUUCUUGAGCCAAAAUUGCUGACUUUUCUGUGGGAAAAGGUGAGUGUUUGACAGGUUGUAGGGGAGUUCGGAUGCGAUUGCUGUUGUUUCUUCCAUUUUCCUCCUUUGUUGUCGUGAAAGAGUUGAGAAUCAUGUACUUUUUCAGCCCAGACCUUUGACCAUGGACAAAGGAUAUGAAAGCACAGCCUGCAAACUGGGAAACUAAGAUGACCCUGACUGUUCUGAGCGUGGAAAAGAUCAUCCAUUUUGAUGAUAUUUUUUCAAUGCUCACGUGUCACCCGUGGAAAACAAUUCCGCGAUAUUAAUGAACAAACAAUCAAAUUCAA